GCGCUGCCCGCUCGCUCUGAGUCUGCUGAGGAGAGUUCACACAAACAGUGAUUGAUAACUUCAGUGAAACUCCUCCUACAUCAAUCCACCAAUAAAUACCAGAAACCAACAAGAAGAAGAAUCACUUCAGGUGUAAGAACUGAAAUCUUCACACUGUUGUUGGAGUUACUGGAAGAGAAGCUUGAGAACACGAGAGAUCCACAACUACACAGAACACAAACUGAGGGACUGAAGAACACAGAGAUAUGAUGGAAGUGAAUAAGGACAGUCAAGAUGAAGUAAAAGAUGCCGAUGAGAAACAUCAACAUCUGGAAGGAGCUCUGAGAACAGGAGACAAAAAGCGUGAAAAGCAGGAAAUGAGAACUCACACCGGAGAGAAACCUCACACAUGUCUACAGUGUGGAAAGGAUUUUACAAAAACAAGUCACCUUAAGACACACAUGAGAAUUCACACUGGAGAGAAACCUCACGCAUGUCUACAGUGUGGAAAGACUUUUACAACCACUAGUUACCUUAAGAUUCACAUGCGAAUUCACACCGGAGAGAAACCUCACGCAUGUCUACAGUGUGGAAAGACUUUUACAACCACUAGUUACCUUAAGAUUCAUACACGAAUUCACACCGGAGAGAAACCUCAUGAAUGUCUACAGUGUGGAAAGAGUUUUACAAAUUCAGGUUACCUUAAGAUUCACAUGAGAACUCACACCGGAGAGAAACCCUAUGCCUGCCUACAAUGUGGAAAGAGUUUUACAAACACAAGUUGCCUUAAGACACACAUGCGAAUUCACACUGGAGAGAAACCUCACGCAUGUCAACAGUGUGGAAAAAGUUUUACAAAAACAGGAAGCCUUAAGAUUCACAUGAGAAUUCACACUGGAGAAAAACCUCACACAUGCCUACAGUGUGGAAAGAGUUUUACAAAAACAGGAAGCCUUAAGAUUCACAUGAGAAUUCAUACCGGAGAGAAACCUCACGCAUGUCUACAGUGUGAAAAGAGUUUUACAAAUACAAGUUACCUUAAGAUUCACAUGAGAAUUCACGCUGGAGAGAAACCUCACACAUGUCUACAGUGUGGAAAGACUUUUACACAAACAGGAAACCUUAAGAUUCACAUGAGAAUUCACACUGGAGAGAAACCUCACGCAUGUCUACAGUGUGGAAAGACUUUUUCACAAACAGGAAGCCUUCAGUCACACAUGAGAAUUCACACUGGAGAGAAACCUCACGCAUGUCUACAGUGUGGAAAGGAUUUUACAAAUACAAGUCACCUUAAGACGCACAUGAGAAUACACACUGGAGAGAAACCUCACGCAUGUCUACAGUGUGGAAAGACUUUUACACGAACAGGAAGCCUUAAGGCGCACAUGAGAAUUCAUACCGGAGAGAAACCUCACACAUGUCUACAGUGUGGAAAGACUUUUACAAACACAAGUAGCCUUAAGAUUCACAUGAGAAUUCACACUGGAGAGAAACCUCACGCAUGUCUACAGUGUGGAAAGACUUUUACACGAACAGGAAGUCUUAGGACACACAUGAAAAGUCACACUGGAGAGAAACCUUACGCAUGCCUACAGUGCAGAAAGUCUUUUACAAACACAAGUCACCUUAAGAUUCACAUGAGAAUUCACACUGGAGAAAAACCUCACGCAUGUCUACAGUGUGGAAAGUCUUUUACAAACACAAGUGACCUUAACAUUCACAUGAGAAUUCACACUGGAGAAAAACCUCACGCAUGCCUACAAUGUGGAAAGUCUUUCACACAAACAGGAAUCCUGAAGAGACACAUUAGAACUCACACCGCAAAGAACAAACCCUGCAUAGCUACAGUGUGGAAAGAGUUUUACGAGUAAAAGUCACCAUAAGGGACACAUGAGAAUUCACACUGGAGAGAAACCAGAUAUAUGCCAACAGUGUGGAAAGACUUUAAUGUGUAAAGGUAACCUAAACAGAUGACAUGAGAAUUCAUUGUAUGUCA